AUGGAAGUUCGAUCCAAAAAAAUCUUUGAUAAUACGAAGCGUGUGAGAGAUGUCAUUCCGGCAACUCAGAUCGAAGAAGUCAGCAUUAACAAGCUGAACGACAUUAAGACGGAGAAUGCCGAUCAGGACGAUGUCUCCCAGGGAAUGACAGCCAAGGAACAGAAACAUGCUAUACGCAAAGUUGACCGGCGGGUCGUACCGCUGCUCACAUUCUUGUAUCUUAUUUCUUUCAUUGAUCGCUCCAACAUUGGAAAUGCAAAUAUUGCUGGCAUGAAUAACGACCUUAAGCUCCACGGUUUGCAGUACAACACUGCUGUCACUUUGUUCUACGUACCGUACACUCUGCUUGAAGUCCCAUCUAAUAUAGUGCUGAAGCUCAUACGCCCGUCUAUCUGGAUCUCCAUCCUGUUGUUCUCCUGGGGCUUAGUAAUGACUUUGAUGGGACUUGUAAAGUCAUACUCCGGACUACUAGUUGCGAGAUUCUUCUUGGGCGUAGCUGAGGCUGGUUUCUUCCCGGCUGCGACUUUUUUGCUUACCAUUUGGUUCAAACGUUACGAAUAUCAACAGCGUUUUGCCAUCUUCUUCUCUAUGGCCUCCAUGGCGGGAGCCUUUUCAGGCCUGCUCGCAUUCGUUAUUGAGAAGAUGGAUGGAAUCGGUGGCAGGAGCGGUUGGCAAUGGAUAUUCAUAAUUGAAGGUCUUGUUCCCGUAGCAAUUUCAUUUACUCUUUGGAGGGUCCUCCCUGACUCCCCUGAAACGGCAAAAUUCUUAAAUGAGCAGGAAAAAAAGUUUAUAAUCGAAAGAAUAGCCAACGAGACCGGGUCCGGUGAAGGUCGUGUCACCAAUUGUGACAAAAUUCGGCCCCACCAUGUGCUCAAUGCUUUCAAGGAAUGGAAGGUUUGGGCCAAAGUCUUUAUUUACUGGGGCAACAGCGUCGGUGUUUACGGCUUUACUGCAACAGUACCAACUGUGAUAAAACAGCUUGGCUACACUCGUGCAGAAGCACAGCUCCUAACCGUACCAAUCUAUUCGUUUGCCGUUAUCCUCGUCCUCCUGUUCGCAUUUCUCUCAGACCGGUACCAAAUCAGGUGGAUUUUUAUUAUAAUUCCUUAUACCAUAGCAUCCCUUAGCUUUAUUGCUCAGCUUGCUAUUCCACAUCCAAAAUAUCCUGGUUUGACGCUCGGAUUUCUCUUCGGAAUCGCCGGUGGCUUGUACGCUGGAUUCCCACCUCUCAUCGCUUGGGCUGCGAACAAUGUUGCUCCUUCAUCAAAGCGUGCUGUCGCAAUGGCUCUUCUCAUCUCUAUUGGGAACAUGGGUGCCAUUGCUGGCUCAAACAUCUAUCUGGCUAGAGAGGCUCCAGUAUAUCAACUUGGGUUUGGAGCAUCAUUCUCUUUCACAACAUUCGCCAUUAUAAUGACAUACAUCCUACGCGUGGCUUAUGAAAAGGAGAACAAAAAGAGAGACCGCUGGGUAGAGGAUCUCGGCGGUGAAGCUGGUGUGAGAAGCCGAUAUCAUGAACAGGAACUACUUGAUAUGGGUGAUAAGAGCCCGUUCUUCCGUUAUGCCCUUUGA